CCAUUUUCGUCUGCUCCUGGUACAGUCAUCAAGUCAGCAGUAAUUUGUUGGUACAAGGUACUGUUUAUUGUCGGCAAUAUAACUACCGUGUUUAGAAGAUGUCCAACGAGCAGGUCGAAAACACCACCGAAAAAGCAAGCACACAGCCGCCACCGCCGCAGCAGCAGCAACAACAACAACAACAGCAGCAGCAGGAGGUGAAUGGGAAAGCCAAGCAUGAGUCUGCCUCCAGCAGAAAGGAGAGGCCCCAGAAGAGAGGUGGAGGGGGGCGCUAUGAACCUUAUGGCAACGUGAACAAAAGAUACCGUGUCUUUGUCAGCAACAUCCCAUAUGAUGUGAAAUGGCAAGCCCUCAAAGACUUGAUGAAAGAAAAAGUGGGUGAGGUAACGUACGUGGAACACUUAAUGGACGCAGAAGGCAAAUCGAGGGGUUGUGCUGUUGUUGAGUUUAGGACUGAAGAGCUAAUGAAGAAAGCAGUGGAGAAGGUCAACAAGCACAAUCUCAAUGGACGACCCCUGAAAGUUAAAGAGGACCCUGAUGGUGUCAUUGCUCAGAGGGAAAUCAACAAAGGGCAAGGGGGCGGAGGCCCUCCAGGGGGGCAUGGAGGAAUGGGAGGUAUGGGUGGAAUGGAUCGUAUGAACAUGGAUAGGAUGGGCCCUGGACCAAAUGGCCCCAUUGUCAAUAUCCCUCCUAGUCUGAUGAGCAACCCCAACAUCCCCAAUGAGAUCAUCCAUGGUCUGCAGGCUGGCAGGAUUGGCAGCACUGUCUUUGUUGCUAAUCUUGACUACAAAGUUGGCUGGAAGAAGCUCAAAGAAGUGUUCGGCAUGGCAGGCAUGGUGGUUAGGGCUGACAUUCUUGAGGACAAGGAUGGAAAGAGCAGAGGCAUGGGAACAGUAACAUUCGAUAUGCCCCUUGAAGCUGUCCAAGCUGUCUCCAUGUUCAAUGGGCAGCUGUUGUUCAACAGGGUCAUGCAUGUCAAACUGGAUGAGAAGUCCUUGCCCAAGGAUUUUGGACCACCAGACAGAGCAGCUGCUCUUCCCCGUGGCCUGAGUGGUGUUGGUUUGGGAUUGGGGCCUGGUGGCCAGCCCAUUGAUGCUGCACAACUUAACAGGGGUGGGGCUGCAGGUGGUGGAAUGGGCAACAUGGGCCCCGGAGGAAUGGAUGGAAUGGGCUUCGGUGGCAACAUGGGAGGCCGUAUGGGAGGAGGAAUGGAGAACUUUGGAGGAAUGAACAACAUGGAACGUUAUGGUUCUUCAGGGAUGGGCAGAAUGAAUGAGAUGGACCGUGGGAUUGGUGGUGCUUUUGACAGGGAGUUUGGUCGAAAUGAAAUGGGCAUGUCUCGCAAUAAUUUUGGAGACUCAUUUGAAAGAGGAAUGGGAAACUCUCUGGGUAUGGACCGCAUGAGUUCCGGAAUGGACCGCCUGGGAGCAAGUAUGGAUCGCAUGGCAGGGAUGGAUCGGAUGGGGAUGGACAGAAUGGACCGUGUGUCUGAUCUGGACAGACUGGGUUCUGGGUUUGACCGAAUGGGCUCAGGGAUGGACCGGCUGGGACCCAGUAUGGACAGGCUUGGACCAAGCCUGGAACGUAUGAGUUCCAGCAUGGACCGCCUAGGCCCUGCUGGGUUUGACCGCUUGGGCCAGUCUGGUUUGGACCGCAUGGGUGCUGGUCUGGACUUUAGCUCCCCAAUGGGUAUGGAUCGCAUGGGCAACAGUGGGCUUGACAGAAUGGCCAGCAGCUUUGACCGCAUGGGCUCCGCCGGAGGGCUCGACCGCUUCCCUUCUGGUGGCCUCGACCGCAUGAGCUCUGGAAUGGACCGGAUGGGAUCUGGAGGUGUUGGUCAGUUUGAUCGUUCUGCAGACUUGGAUCGUGGAUUUGGUGGCAAUUCCUUUGGAGGAACUGGAGCUGGAGGGCCUGGAACUGGAGGAGGCAAUGUCAGGAAGGGAUGCCAAAUUUUUGUCAGAAAUCUGCCCUUUGACUUCACCUGGAAGAUGCUGAAGGAUACUUUCAAUACUUGCGGCAUGGUUCAGUAUGCUGAUAUUAAGAUGGAGAACGGCAAGUCCAAAGGCUGUGGUGUAGUUCGCUUUGACAACCCUGAAACCGCUGAGCGUGCCUGCCGGACCAUGAAUGGCUAUCGGCUGAAUGGAAGAGAGAUUGAUGUUAGGAUUGAUAGGAAUGCAUAAGUUAUGUCUGUCGCAUUUGAUAUUUGAUAUUUGAUUUAGUCCCUGAUCUAAAUUGCCCUUCAACAUAUUCAUAUUCUCUUCACACGGUUUGUUAGAUAUUUGUAAUGGUGAAACUGUUUUAGUUAUUUGUAACAGUGGAAUUGUUUUUAGUUUUUACUUACUUUAAUUUUACUUUUUUUUUUUUUUUUUUUGGAGACCAAAUUUUAAAUUCUUUGUCAUGCUUCACCUGUCAUUGCCUUUGUUCUAUAAGGUUUUGAUAAAUAAACCUCUAA